AUGGCCCUGCAGGAUGUCUGCGGAUUUCAGGAGAUUGCUCUGCGCCACCCGGCUUCACUCUCCAUUUCUUCUGAUGAUACCACCCUGAGCGCUUACCCAGCAGGCAAGAUGAAAACCACUUGGGGUCAACCGUUUGAGAAAGAUGACGGAAGUCCACUUCAACUCCUUCUGCCACCUCAACGGAGCCUUGUUCGAAGUCGGGGCAGGCAUUUCUCUUCAUCCUUGACCACCAUUCCAUGCCCUUUCACCCUGUCCCAUGGCACCACCACGUUAGGUUUCACUUUCCAGGGCGGCGUGAUAGCGGCGGCUGACACCAGGGCUAGCUGUGCGGGUCUGGUCGCUUGCCCAGCCGCCGAGAAGAUAAUACCCAUCCACUCGCACUUGGUGGCUACUUCAGGCAGUGGAGCAGACUGCAUGCUGUGGGAGAGGAUUUUGGCCAGGGAAAUACGACUGUACCAACUCCGCCAUGGCCGAAGACUCUCAGUCAUGGGGGCUGCUAAGCUGCUUUCCUUCAUGUUACAUCCCUUCAAGGGCACUGAGGUGUGCGUGGCAGCUACGCUUUGUGGGUGGGAUGGAGAGGAUUCAAGGACAGAAUGGGACAAUAGUAGGAGGAAAGAUGAAAGCACUUCUAGCCCUCUGCUAGAAGGUGAACCUAGUGCUGGCUCUAGCAGGGCAACAUCAGGACUAGCCAUUGCCAUUGACUUAAGCACUUCAAAGACAGAAACUUCGGCUGCAUCGCAACAAGCUGAUGGGAUCUCCAAGGAAGUCAGUGGGACCUCAUCACAAGAUGGCUCAGAUCAAAUCUUAACAGCUAGCCGCCAGUCAGGCCCCAGGGUGUGCUAUGUGUGCAGCGAUGGCCUACUGCUAAAAGGAGAAUUAAUUUCAGUCGGCUCAGGCUCUCCCUACGCCUACUCCAUACUCGAUGAUGGCUGGAGGUGGUCAAUGAGCGUAGAGGAGGCUGUGGCUCUAGCGAGGGAAGCGGUCUACAGGGCCACUCACAGGGAUGCAUACUCCGGGAACAACAUAGACCUGUUCCACAUCACUGAACGAGGAUGGAGCCGCAGGCGCAGGGAGGACCUGAAGGACGAGUACCACAGGGAAAGGAGGAGGGAGAAGGAGAUGAUGCGGCAGCGGGAGGGAGAAAAAGAGAAGAGAGAGAACGUGCAGCAAAUGAAGAGAGGAAACUGAGGGACUGAAUAGUAACAGUAAAAAUUCACAAGUGGUCUUGAGUUGAUCAUUGAAGUGGCUGUAAACAUGUGGCUGAUUUGCAAAAUAAUGACCGACAAAACUCUCAGCCAAUCACUGCUUUGCAACUUUAUCAAACUUUUUCCUUCAUGUAAAGAAAAAACUCAGACAAAACUUGUUUUUACAACAAACCUGGAGUGAGAACGGUGCUGGCGGUAGUUAGAAUUGUUAGCCUAAGAGGUGGUGAAAAGAUGUUACUGAGCAUCUGAAAGGUGGCGCUAGUUUAAUUUAAUUCUGGAAGCUGGACAAACCUUGUGGAAGAUCACUUUAAUGCUAUUAACAGGAAGCUAAUGCUCGUUCUAAGGUAAGCUAAACUUUAUCUUGAGUUGUAUUUGCUAACACUCGUUUUAAUAUGAUGUGUAAUAAUGUUACAAAACAGUGGCAAGAUCAGUUAGCUAGCCAGUUAGCCAGUUAGACAGUUAGUAAGCUUUGCUUAAAGUCAACUUGCAAUCAAAAUGUACUCAUUCUACAUUGUUAGUUCAUAUCCCUGCUCAUGUUAAGCAUGAUUCACUGUAUUAUGUCAUGUAUAAGACAAAACUCUUCUUUUCUUGUAAUCUUCCUUCAAAAUGUAUUGACUUUUGCCCACCUGUAAAGCCUCUUCUGAGUUUUGGCUACAUCAUUGUGUACUAGAGGGUGGGGAAAAAUAAUAGUAUCCAAUAAUAUCAUUUUACCACCCGAUACCGUGUUUUACUGUGAAAUACGUCACAUAUGUCAGGAGAAU